AUGAAUCUGGACGGCUUCCCCCGUGCUGCUUAUGUGGACAAGGUGUGCACCAGCGACCAGGAGACCAGCAUGCCCUCUCCUCUCUCCAGCCGGGGCGAUGAGCUGGGCUCAGACGGAGACUUCGUAGCCAACAGCCCUUCUCAAGUCCUGUGUCCAAGAGACUCCGAGAUGGACACGGACACCGGGAGCCUGGGGGGCGACGAGGAGGAGGAAGAAGAGGGGGAGGUAAGGCAAGAAUCCGAGAGGGAUGAAGAGGGUGCAGAUGGGACUCUAGGGUGCAGAUCCCAAACAGCUGAAGGGAGCAAAGCUAAGACUUACACCCGUCGCCCAAAGCCGCCUUACUCCUACAUUGCCUUAAUAGCCAUGGCCAUCAGGGACUCUACCAGCGGUCGCCUCACCCUUGCUGAGAUCAAUGACUACCUGAUGAAGAAGUUUCCUUUCUUCAGAGGCCAGUACACCGGCUGGAGGAACUCCGUCAGGCAUAACCUGUCCCUCAAUGACUGUUUUGUCAAAGUCCUUAGGGACCCGUCUCGGCCUUGGGGAAAAGACAACUACUGGAUGCUAAACCCCAACAGCGAAUACACCUUUGCAGAUGGGGUGUUCAGGCGCAGAAGGAAGAGACUUAACAGGGUCACCAAGUGCCUUAAAGACCAGGAGCUCCAGGGGCUUCCUGAGCAUCAUCAGCACCAUUCAUUGACUCCAUCAUCAGUGGCAAGCCAAGGAUCUGUGGCUUCAUCUAACGUGCUGGUCCUGCCACCUUCUUCACCAUCCCCCUCCUCUGCCCACCCGUCCUCUAGCACCAACCGAUCCAGCAAGGACACCAGCUCGGGAACCAAAUUCUACAGUUCAUUUGCCAUUGACAGCAUCCUGAGUAAGCCCUUCCAGAAACGAGAGACUUCAGAGCUGGACAGCAAGUCUACAAGUGGGAGGCUCAUGUGGCCGACAGGUGCAUUGCUGCAUUCCCAUGCUUCCGUUCCUUCCUACCCUCUCCUAUCCUACUCUCCAUCAUCUGCACUGCCUCACCCAUCCACCUUGUUCCCACUUAGCCACCUAAGUAAUGGCUCAUCCUUGCACUUACAACUCUACCGGUAUUGCAUGCCCGAGGCUCUGCUGCUUUUGAUGGAUCCUAGAAGUGAAGGACAGCAGUUGCUUGCUGAACUCAGAGAAGAUCAGCAGCAUAGCCGCCGUGCCCCAACACUUCACCCCCAUCUCAUGGCACCCCCCAGUUCCUCCAAGUCCUUUUCAGAACCCCUGGGGAACAAUGAGAUCCUGUGCACCAUGCGUUCCCCUGGACCUUACCUUCCCUACCGGCCAGAGACAUUGCUAGCCUGACAGUGAUGAGGGGAGUGGGCUAGGGAAGGUAUGUUCAGCUACAGUAUCCCCAUCACAGCU